AUAGCCUUCAAAAUCUCAAAGAACCAUCACGCAAAAUACGAGCCCACAUAAAAAUCACCCUGAGCACUGUACGAUCCCCCACUCCCCACCGCAUCCCGCUGCCCAUCAUCGAAAUCACCAAUGAGGGCUUGUCUUUCUGCUGGGUUAAGUUGGCGUCCUUUUCAAAGAAAAAUAUCUUUUGGAGUUUAAUUUCGUGACGACGGCGACUGCAGGGUGUACAAAAGGCACAUCCCAUCCAUCCUUAGAUUGCUGAUAAACCUCAGUUCCUUCGCAUACGUUUCGGCCCAUUUCAGCAGGAUUUGGCUCUACAAAAGUCGACCAGAUACUCCCGGGGGGAUACAAAAGUUCAAAGCUACUGUAUCUAUGUUGCAGAGUCUAGCAGGAGAAAAUUGAGCUCAUUUCUCGACGCUUUCGCCGGUUUACCUUUGUGCCCGUGCGCUCAGCUCUUACGAGUGAUCCGGAAUCACUUGAGUCUGUGACUUCAGUUUAUCCUUCGCGUACCGAAAUUCAAACGAUUUCCGCGUUUUCCUCUCUUCAGCCCAGAGCGACCAGGGGGAGCUUCCAGUGAACACGUCGCGAGCCUUUGCCCAAGUGCAGCUUCAAGGAACAUCCAACUCGUGCCCGGUGCAGCAUUUCCUAGCAGCGUACAUACAUAGAGCUUCGCCUAUUCACGCCUGUACCAGUUGCAACGAAUACACCACGAAUUGAUACUCUCCGUCGCAGCAAAUCGUGUUGACUAGCACAAUUGUUAUCAACAUUACUGGAGACCCGUAUAAGCAUAUAUAUAAGCUAUCAUGCCGUUCUUUGUGAAUCCGCUCAAAAAGCACGAUGCUCUGGAAUAUCCGGGGGUCCUAAUUCCUCUGGCCGAGGAGCAAAAUAGUCAAUCGCCAGCUGCCGAUGACAAGAAAUCCGAUGAAAGCUUGGCGGAAAGAGGAUCGAUUCAGACUUCUCAAGCCGGCACAUCAUUGACCCUUGAAGCACUGAAAGCAGAGGUAGAGAGUGAUGUGGCUGCAUCUGGUCACGAUACUGCUUAUGAUCGGAAAUCCAAGGUCAUUAACCGGGCUAUCCAGGAUAUUGGGAUGGGCCGAUAUCAAUGGGAAUUGUUCGUUCUCUGUGGGUUUGGCUGGACUGCAGACAAUCUCUGGCUGCAGGGUGUUGCUCUGACUCUGCCCCCUCUCUCUGCAGAGUUUGGAAUCUCCGAGUCGCAUGUACGAUUUACGACCUGUGCAUUGUUCAUCGGAUUGUGCAUCGGUGCGGUCGUCUGGGGAACUGCUUCGGACAUCAUUGGUCGACGUCUCGCUUUCAACAUGACUCUGUUGCUUUGCGGUGUGUUCGGCCUUGCUGCUGGCGGAGGUCCGACUUGGGUUGGUCUCGUGGCAUGGGGGUUCAUCCCAAACUACUCAUGUCCCUCUGGCGUUCCGUGCCGAAGGGAAGACAACAUGGGCUGGAGAUAUCUCACCAUCACCCUCGGAGCGAUUACUUUCGUUAUGUUUAUUUGCCGCUUUUUCCUUUUCCAUCUCUACGAAUCGCCGAAAUUCUUGCUUUCACGGGGUCGACAGAACGAAGCAGUGGCAACUGUGCAUGCUAUUGCCUACAAAAAUAGAGCAAAGACCUGGUUGACCGUGGACAUCUUAAAUGAGAUCGGCGGCUUUCCAGAGGAAGAGACCAAUUCCCAGAAGCUGAGUCCAAUGGAGAUGGUUAGGAGGAAGCUUGCAAGCUUCUCCGCCGACCGGAUUGCCCCCUUAUUUGCAACCAAGCGGCUGGGGAUUACCACUCUUUUGUUGUGGUUCUGCUGGGCUACAAUCGGUAUGGCUUACCCUCUGUUCAACGCGUUUUUGCCUCAAUACCUUGGGAACCAAGCAUCCACCCCCGUCUCAAUUGUCUAUCGUAACUACGCGAUCACUUCCAUCGUUGGCGUUCCCGGUUCAAUCCUCGCCUGUUAUACCGUCGACAUCCCCUAUAUCGGGCGCAAGGGAACUAUGGCUGUCUCAACAUGCAUCACCGGUGUCAUCCUCUUCUGUUUCACUAUCUCUAAGAACCCGAACGCUCAAUUAACAUGCACAUGUCUCGAGGCAUUUUUCCAAAAUAUCAUGUACGGAGUACUGUAUGCGUACACGCCCGAGGUGUUCCCUGCUCCGAACCGUGGAACGGGAACGGGAAUCGCAAGCUGUUUGAAUCGUAUCUGUGGGUUGCUGGCACCCAUUGUGGCUAUUUAUGCAGGGGAUCGGGAUCCAAAUGCUCCAAUAUAUGCAAGCGGAGGGUUGUUCUUGGCGGCGUUUGUUGCGAUGUGUUUGUUUCCGAUUGAAACGCGUGGGAAACAGUCGCUAUAGGCGCACAGGUAUGGCCUCAAUCUUCCUUUUUUUCUUUUUGUGGAGGGAAUAAGGGGUUUCUAAGGGGAAAGGCUCUGCUUCCCUGUAGGAGAUGCAGAACUUGGGAUGUUUUUUUCACCGGGUAAAACAGAGUCGGGAGGUUUUUGUCUCUUUGCUCCCUUCUUUAAUUUUAUCCUCUCGGGUGCUGGGAAUGCCGGGAACAGCUGUUGAUACCCCUGGUUUAUAUGAUAUGGGACUAUGGAACGAUAGGGACACAGCAGCAGGACGGGGGCAAAUGGAAUGCCGGUAAUCUAAGUAGUACAUUGUAUAUGAUAUAUGGCUCCAAAGGAAUAUUUAACAAUAUC